AUGAUUUCCAAUUUUCCCCUUUGUUUGUUACUUCUGCCGACUUUUGUCACUUCCGAAAGCGUUCAUUGGCGUGAGUUUUUUUUUAGAGUGCAGAGAAUAGAAAUUCAAUUUCUUGAGCUUUUCAUGGGAACGGAGAAUGGUUCAUGAUCAUCAACUUUUAAGUCAGUAAAAAAGUUUCCAAAUACUCAGUGGCUUUUAAGAAAGAUAAAGUGCGAAAGGUCGUUUUUAAUUUGGUGAAAAUAAUCAAAAAAAAAAAGAUAUAUGUAAAAUUUUUUUAGAAGUUUUUUUCACAAUUUUUUUCUUCCAAAAAAAUAGACAUUCAAUUAAUUUUGAGCUGUCGAUACAAGAAAAUCGAGCAUUUGAAAAAAAAUCUAAAAGGUUCUAACACGGAAAUUUCAAAAAAAUUUCACAAGUCUCGAAACCAAUGUGAUCCAAGGUGAUCCCAGUCAUGAGUGGUCUACGAACGAACAAAGUCAUGAAAUCGGAAAAUGCGCUUAAUUCACCUUCAGAAGCACUGAGAUUAUUUUUCUAAGCAAAAAUAGAAUUUUUUAUUAAAGAAAAUUUUUUAAAAACACUUCUCUGAAGCCAAAAAAUUUGUUUAACUGUUUCAAAUGGCCUGAAAAAUAGAUAUAGAUGGUAGUCCCUAAAAACAAAAAAAUAAAUGAGCCACAUGUAAUACAAGCCCAUCUAUAGACUGGAUGGCUGCCCUUUCCACUUGAUGAAGCUUUUAUUCAAAUAAAAACAGAGCGACAUUUUUUAACUCAGAAACUCGCAAUGUUCCGUGUUUUGCAAACUUUCAACUGACCGUUUUGGUCUUCAACGUCACAGGAACUAAUUUUAAGCAAUCUUCAAAGCAUUUUUAGGUCGCGAGAAUGGGUUUUCCGAUUAAUUUUUCUUUCGAAAAUCACUCUUAACAGGACAGCUUUUCAGAAUGGCGAUUGAUGACUUGCGAAGAGCCCAAAGAAGGAGCUGCGGUUGAGAAAAAAGGAGCCUCUCCAUGUAGAAUUGGGUUCAUGGAGACCGAAAAAGACCCAUCUCCUAGGACUGCGCCGUUCGAUUCUUGCUUCGAGGUUUGGCAGGGCUAUUUUUUUUUAUAAAUACAGCGUUUCUCACUGUUUGAAUAAAAUUCCUUACGAUAAUUUUCCGGAAUAGAAAGCUGAGAUUUGAAAUUUUUUUCUACGACUUGGAAAAGGUUUUACCUUUUGAAAGGCUUUUUUUUCAAAAAAACUGCAUAGUAUGCAGCAUAUCCUCUUCGAAUAAUUUUUCAGGAAGAUUUCAACGGUAAACUAGGCAACUACUGUAACAUCAUGUGCCCUGGCGCUGAUACAGCUUAUUUAAUAAAAAGAUCGUGAGUAAAUUUUCUUUCACUUUUCAGUAAUGUCGUUCAAUUGUAGACGAAAAAUAAUAAAUUGUACUCAUGGAAAACUCUCACAAACUUUCCGCUUCAGUUUUUUCUUUUUUUUUUCUCGACAGAUUCUGGCGGCGCAGAUCUCAGUGGGAAAAUAUUUUUGUUUGGAAUACAAUUUCCUUGAAGUCAAAUAUGUUCUUAUUUUUUCUUGCAUGACAAAAAAUCCUUUUCAGGUGUUAGUUUAGUAUGAGAAAGGAAGUAGGAAAUCUUUUGGAAAGGAAUUUUUCAGACCUUCUAAUCACCGCAGUUGCUUCGGGCACUUCACAUACAAAUUAGAAAAGCGUGGAAACAACUUUUUCAUGUGGAGAAACGGAAAGUGAGUUUGGAGACCUUUUCGAGAAAAAAUUCGAAGCAAAAAGUAAGAAAAAAAAGUCAGAAGAUCGGAAAUUAAAAUCUUCUUCAAUAAUGAACAAAGCUAGAUUCCCAAUAUUCUGUCAACAAUUAGCGUUCAUCUCAUGUGAAAAAAGAAAAUAGAGCAUGAAGACCAAGAUUUGUUUUAGAUUAUAAAUAAUUUCUUUUCAAAAAGUGUUUCCGAAUUUCUGGGAGCAUCUUGACUCCUUAUUCGACAAGACUUGAACCAGCCUGACCUGUCUGUUCUCUCUUGAACCAUUUCCCUCGUUACUGUUCUUCUUUUUAAACGCACCGGACAAGUGAGGGAAAGAGGGCGCAGACAAACAAGACCGGCUAAAGGAACAGGAAAAGAAAGAAAAACGCAUUAAUAAAAAAUAAGAAACCGAAUCUGUUUAAUAAUCGGUAAGAAAGGCGGAUUUUUUAGAUGCCGAACCUCGAGUGUUCAAUUCCUGGUUCGUUGUGAGUUUCUAUCAGCUCGCGCCGACUUUCCUUCCGAUUCCGUCAUUUUUGAGGAAGCCGAGAAAAUCGCCCACGAUCUUCAAAAUUAAUAACUUUUUCCGUGUACAACUUAAAAGAUGAUGAAAUUUGCGAGUUGAGAAUUCGCUAGAGGCGCUUAUAAUGCGUUCACCACAACUUUAUCUUUUAAGUUUCAGUUCUCAUAAAAGAUGAGGAGAGAUUUGCGCGUAGGGCGACUGUUUCGCGACAGCUCGCAAAAAUUCACACAAAGGAGUUUCGAAUCGUGGUGAACGUACUAUUUUAUCUCUUUAAAAGUACUUCAACUCGAUAAUUUUACGCAAUCAAAAAUUACUUUGUACACACUUCAGAAAAAAGAACAGUUUAAUAAAUUUCUUAUGGCCAUUUCUUACCAUGUGGUUCUUGUUGUUGAUCGUGCUUGCAAAAGUCAAUUCUAUUCCUCGUGAAGACUUCAACUACCGCGAAAGGGAGACUUGCAAGGACGGCUGCGCCUUGAAAAACGGAGAAGUGCUGCUGGUCGACGAGGCCAAGUUGGUUACUCUUUAUAUGGUGGAAUCCACUUUUUUAAUUAAAAAGUUUUUGAUGCAUCAGGUCGUUGGAGAUAAACUAUAGAUGUGCCUUUAGAAGACAAUUUUUUUUUCUUUACUGAAGAAUCUUCGAAACUUUUAGAGCUUAAAAAUCGGCAUGACAGUUACCACAAAGCGAUACUUACUUUUCUACUUUUUAAAGUCAAAAAGUGUUUUUGCCCGUUUUCAGUAUUGAUUCUGAAACGUUUUAUAUUUUUGCGCGAAAUAAACACUGCGAAGAGCUCAGACUGAUCUGCUAUAAUGUAUGUUUUUUCCAACCAGUUCAAGCUGAGAACUCUAAAAUUAAGUAUCGAACGUGCCGCAUCAAUUGUAAUAUGGUCUCACCCGAGAUUCUUCCGUAUGAUUCGAUCAGGAUGGAUGUAAGCCUUUCACAGUUGGUCCCAUUCCGAAAUAUUCUGCAGGAGGAUGAACCGGCAUUCAACCCUUGUAUUGAAAUGAUCGGAAAGUGCAACGGAAUUCCAAUGAAAGCGCUGGCGGAACCUAUUCUUAUACAGAACGUCUUCUUGUUCAUGUGA